CUGGAUACUACUGUAGGUCUAAUUUAGAAGUCCUUCAUUGUCUUGUUGCUCUUUUAUUUAGCAGAGAUAUCUUCACAGAUCACAGUCCUUAGGUGGAUUGUGGAACAUCCGUGACCCUGUCAUGGGAAAAACAGGGGACAGGUCUGUGCAGCUUAACUCACCAUCAGAGCUCAAGCAGGCUGCACCAUUUGAGGAGAUUAACCACAGUCUGACUUCUGCUCUGGAUGAGAGCAAGAAGACCAUUCCUGAGCGAGGUACCUGGAAGGGCAAGUUCGACUUCCUACUAUCCUGCAUAGGAUAUGCCAUUGGCCUGGGAAAUGUUUGGAGAUUCCCAUAUCUUUGUGGGAAAAAUGGUGGCGGGGCAUUUCUUAUUCCUUACUUUACUACACUGGUGUUUGCUGGGAUUCCUCUAUUUCUGCUGGAGACUGCACUAGGACAGUACACAUCAGUGGGAGGACUAGGCGUCUGGAAACUCAUACCCAUGAUGAAAGGUGUAGGUCUGGCUGCUGCAGUUUUGUCCUUUUGGCUUAACAUCUACUACAUUGUAAUUAUCUCCUGGGCCCUCUACUACCUAUUCAGCUCCUUCAGAUCAGAGUUACCUUGGCAGAGUUGUGAUAAUCCCUGGAACACCGAUCAGUGUUUUUCUAACUACAGCCUGACUGACACCACCAACCUCACCAGUGCUGUAACUGAAUUUUGGGAGAGGAACAUGCACCAGCUGACCAGUGGCCUGGAAGAGCCGGGUGAGCUGCGUUGGCCGCUGGCUGGGACUCUUGCUCUAGCCUGGGUUCUUGUCUAUUUUUCCAUCUGGAAAGGGGUUGAAUGGACUGGAAAGGUGGUUUAUUUCUCUGCUACUUAUCCAUACUUCAUGCUCUUCAUCCUGUUUUUCCGAGGCAUCACUCUCCCAGGGGCUAAAGAUGGCAUUCUGUUCUACAUCACUCCAGAUUUUAACAAGCUCCAGAAAUCUGAGGUGUGGCUGGAUGCUGCCACCCAGAUCUUUUUUUCUUAUGGUCUGGGUCUAGGUUCUCUGAUUGCUUUGGGCAGCUACAAUACCUUCAAUAACAAUGUAUACAGAGAUGCCAUCAUUGUGUGCUGCAUAAACUCCUUCACCAGCAUGUUUGCUGGAUUAGUCAUCUUCUCUGUUGUAGGAUUCAUGUCCUACAUCACCAAAAAACCAAUCCAGGAGUUGGCUGCAUCAGGUCCAGGUUUGGCAUUUUUGGCAUAUCCUCAGGCUGUGUCUCAGCUUCCCAUGUCCUCUCUGUGGGCCAUUCUCUUCUUCUCCAUGCUUCUCAUGCUUGGAUUAGACAGUCAGUUUUGUACUGUGGAAGGUUUCAUCACAGCUUUGGUAGAUGAAUAUCCCACCAUUCUAAGAAAGAGGAAAAAGAUAUUCAUUCUCCUGGUGUGCGUUAUAUCAUUCAUCAUUGGCUUGUCAAACAUCACACAGGGUGGCCUGUAUGUGUUCAAGCUAUUUGACUACUACUCAGCCAGUGGCAUGUGUCUCCUCUUCCUAAUCUUCUUUGAGACAGUUGCCAUAGCCUGGUUUUAUGGAGCAGAGCAGUUCUAUAGAAACAUUGAGGAGAUGAUCGGCUAUCGGCCGUGUGGCUGGUGGAAACUCUGUUGGCUCUACUUCACUCCAUCAAUUUGUUUGGGAGUUUUCACUUUCAGUGCAAUAGAGAUGACGCCAUUGACAAUGGGCAAGUACGUGUUCCCAGGCUGGGGACAGGGCAUCGGCUGGUUAAUGGCUCUAUCAUCCAUGCUUCUCAUUCCUGGAUACAUCAUUUACAUGUUCAUCAGUAUCAAGGGAAGCAUUCGUCAGCGCUGGCACAAAAUGACAAAGCCGACCGAAGAAGCUGCACCAAAAGAUGACAACCAUUUAACAUGGCAACAUUAUCAAGAAAGAAUUAUGAGUGAAGCUUCUGUCUGAUGUCACCUGAAAACUAAGGCCACCCCAGAAAAGCACAACGUUAAUAUUUGUUAUUUUCUUUGUGGUAUCUCAAGACAGUAUACAAAUAUGAAGUUGUAAUAUACUGUAAGAAUAUGAAAGACUCACUCGAACAACAUACUUAUGCCUUUUUCAGGAUGCAAUUUUAACUUGCAGAAUGUACAUAGUAUGAGAAUAAUACCUUUUUUUCCCCCUUAACAUACAAAUUAUUGUAUACCUAUAUUUAAAUGUAGAAAAUGUACAGUAUAUACAGUACAAGUUAUCUUUCUUGGUCAUUUCAUUUUAUUGCCACAUAACAUCACUGAGAUUAGACCUGACCAACCCCAGAUACCUUCAACCCCAGAUCAUAAAACUGCCUCCAAAGGAUGGUAGUAUACAUGGGUGGUACUUCGUUGGUACAGCAGGCACUAUGCAUGGGUGCACUUUCCUUCUUACCCUGACAUGCCCAUCAUUUUGAAAUAAAGUCAAUCUGAACUCAUCAGCCCACAUGACCUUUUUCCAAUGCUCUAAAGUCUAAUAUUUAGCUUCCUAGCAUAUGCCUUGGCUACAGCCACAAAACUGUUUAGUCCACAUUC